AUGGAUCAUCUCACCUUCACUGCGCUUACCCCCACGGGUUUUGAACUGCCUCCUUCUACCGGCACGGUCAAUUCACGAGACCCUCUAUGUCCCGCUGUAUCGUCGUUUCCUUUCAACGGUCUUCCUAGGGAAAUUCGACUUCUGGUCUGGGAAGAGGCAUUACUCCAGGAGUCAUCAGAACGCAUAGUCGUGCUCAGCUCUGCACAAUUCGAUAUAAGUAGAGCAUGUGCCCUUAAGUUCUUCGAUCUGAAGCUAUCCCUAUUCGACAAAGCGACGUUUUUCAUUAGGUAUUACAUGGAGUUGCACCUUGAGGACUUCGCUAUUCCGCAACAUACCCCUGAGGACGAGAAGUGCGUGUAUAUUAGUCUCGAGCAUGAUAUAUUCACUACAGGUCUCAACUUCCAGCCGGUGGAUGGCACCAAAUUGAGUAAAUUGAGUAUGACGCCGACAACAUUUGCGUAUUCACCAAUCCCGUUCCCGACAACGGUGCGUUUAAUGGAUGCACCCAUGUGCCACUUCCACGAUGAUGGUGAAACCUUGUUCCCCUCCAAAAUCACUGCAAAGUACCGCACGAAAACUAUUUGGCCUAUCCGAUCUCGUAUACAAAAUGUCCUUGCGCCAUACGCAGAUGGUUUCUGCUACAUCACCGAAUGCCCUGCCGCCUGCCCCUGCCAAAAACGACGGUACCCCGAGGCUUUCGUAGAGCUCUUCUGGUCCGAUCGCGCAUUCCCAGGGGUUCAACGAUACUUCAUGUUCCCGUGGGGCCCUAACACAGAAUACGAGACUAACCAAUUCUUGGAGUAUCUCUUCAAAAGGCAGUCCGGGGAAUCAUUGCCGGCCAAAUAUGAACCGAGAGAGUUGACUUGGGAUGAACAGGUCAAGACUAUCUGCGGCGAUGUUCCUCAUGAAACUCGGAGGUACAGAGUGUUGACGGAUCCCGAUAUCGAAGAAUUUCGGUUAUGCCGUUGCUCGUAUGGAAACAACGGAGACAUAAUUUUAUUCGUGGGAAACCAAAAUAUUCACGCAUUGAUGUCGACGAUGUAUAGGAUGUAUGAACGAGUCUCCGCCCAUGAUAACUUCCCAUAUUCUUAG